UUAUUUUCACGGGUUCGCAUCCAUCAGCUUCGUGGUCGAUUACCUAAAUAGUGAAGGACCGUGACUGUCUCCUCUAGCCAGCCUCGAUGCAAGGUCACUCCCAGUCAGCCUCCGCCUCCUCAGCCUAUCCCAGCACUAGCGGCAACACCUCCCACCGUCGCUCGCGCGCCCGCAAAGCCAAUGACAGCAUCACCUUCUCCCAGCAGUCCUCGCCCUCCGUGCGCAACAGCUUCUGGUUCUGCUCUGACUUCAUGGUCGGCGCAGGCAUGGUCGUCCUCCAACCCGCGACGGGCAAGGUCCUCCUGCUGUACGAACCCCGGAACGAUCGGUGGCUCCUCCCGAAGGGCCGCAAGGAUGUGGACGAGAGCCUCGAGCAGACCGCGCUCAGGGAGGCGUACGAGGAGGUACGCUGUGUAUUUUCCAUACAUGCUGAGAAUCCUACUGAGAGUGCAUGCAUGUGCUGGUUCAUAUCGCGCUCCUCUGCUCUGCCACGGCCGGGCGCCACGGUAUGGGAGCAGUCGGGAUACCGAGUCGAGUUUCUGCCGCUGUAUCUCCCGACGAACGCACCCCUCUCCCCGGCCGGGCGUGUGCACGGCAUGCGCAAAUGCACAGAGCCGUUCUACGCCUCAACCCUGACAUGGGGCAACCGCAAUAAGCAGCGCCCCAACGACGAGGUUUGGCCCGGCGACCGCGGCGGCGAGUACAUAACGUUCUGGUACAUCGGGCAGAUCCCCAGGGACGCUGUGCACGAAGCGGAUACGGGCAUGGCGGACGAGAAGGAGUACCAGAGCCACUUGCUCGAGCUGGACGACGCGUGCGAGAAGCUGCGCGGGUGCGAAAUGCUCCAGUUCUCGAGGAUGGUCAAAUCGGCGCACGAGCUGUGGCUGCAUACGAAAGAGUUCGAGGAAAAGGAGGCCCAGGCAGACGCUGCUGAGCAAGAGAGUAUGAGUUUGGGGGCCUGACGAAUUACGUGAUGGUACUCACCAAACCCAUUGGCGACGCCACUAGCCCUGAACCACCCCACACCUGACCAGCCG